AUGCCUAUCUCUCACCCGUCAUUCGCUAUUCCUUGCGCCCACUACGCUAUGAUCUAUAUUGAUCAUGAGGGUAAUCUCAAAGUCCAAGAAUCUCGAUCUGUUCAGGAACGAGGCCCUAGUAUGUUCACUCCGGAGGUCCAGCAGAAUUUCCUCCAGAUUCUGGGCGAAUCUGUUGCCUGUCGCCAGUCCAUUCAGGCAAAAAACCCUCCAUUGAAAUGUCCUAAGAGCAAUGGAUCCAUGAUGUCCCCUUCUGAUAGGCAUUCGGCUGAACAUGAUUCCAACACCCAGGACUUCAGUAGUUCCGCCAACAUGGUUUUCAGAAUUGGAGAUACUCAGAAGGUCAUGGCUUACUAUGAACGUGCUUUUAGCGAAUUCCAACAGCUGAACUGCCGCGCGCUUGCUAAGGCAUUUAUCUGUGCUAUUGAGCCACACAAGCAAUCCAAACAUCCAUAUAACGGGACGGCACCUAGAGGAUCCGCACCUGGCAUCGAAAGAAAUCCAGAAGCGACUAAGCCUCAGUGGUGGCCCUCGGGAGUUAAUCAUAAGGAACCUGAUCAUAUGAGGAAAAAAGACCGCGUCCAACUGCUGGUUCACAUUCUCCGUAGACUCGGCAGCUAUGGUUUUACGGCCGAUAAGUUAGAGAAAGUCGCCAAAGCCACCAGGCUGAAGUUUCAGGGCGGAAGCCGCGCCGAGAUAAUCUUUGACAUCCUUUGGGUUCGAAAGAUAGAGGAACAAUUUGAGGGAGGCCAAUCCGAUAUUAACGUGAUUGUCGAUGUCAAGAAUCAUACCUGCGUUGUUGAAAAUGAUAAGUCCGCCGACGCAUACUCCUUAAUCGAAGAGGCCAAGCACCACGAGGAAGGACAAAUGGCACUGGAGCCUGUAGAGCAAGAAUCUACUCCUCUGACCACACCAACUGAGGAUCUACCUUCGGCCACUAUCUGUUCUCUCCCAGGCAGCCUCAGCGAUUGCACCAUGCGACCCAAUACACCAACUUGUCAUCGCGGUCCAGAGUAA